AUUUUGUUGACGAAUGUGUAUAUGCGCUGUUUAGUAACGGGUUGUAGAUGGAAAGAACGUGAGCGAACACGAUUGGCCACGCUAUGUCGUAUCGAUAGAAUCGAUUGUGUUAAAAUAUGAUAUUAAAAUGUUCGUUUAUUUCUACGAGAAACAGAUAAUAUGAAAAAUUGUGGAUCAUGCAACGUAAUAAGGAUAAUAAAAACGAGCCAACUUGCAGUUUUAUAAUCAAUGAGAAAAAAUUUUUAGUGAAUUUAUUUACUUUGUUUAGACACAGUUAACAUCCUUAAAAAAGAGUGAACUGCACAUUACCUGUUAUUAAAAGUGACAUUACGUAUAUGUGGAAUUUAUUCUGUCGUAGAGACAUAGUUACAAUGGAACUCAAGUGUGCUGUCCAAACGUACAAUUGGGGGAAACGUGGUGCAGAUAGUAUUGUCGCAACUUUGAUGAAAUCAGUUAACGCUGAUUUUGCAGUGGACGAGCAGCAAACUUACGCAGAAUUAUGGAUGGGUACUCACGAGAACGGUCCAUCAUAUCUCAAGAACACGGAGACACCCUUGCACAAAUAUAUUCAAGAGAAUGCCGAGACGUUGGGUGGUAAUACAGUGCAGACGUUUGGCUCCAAUUUGCCGUUUCUUUUCAAGGUGUUAUCUAUAAACAGAGCCUUAUCCAUACAGGUGCAUCCAGAUAAGGCAAAGGCGAAAGAAUUGCAUGAACUGCAGCCAAAUGUCUACAAAGAUCCAAAUUACAAACCCGAACUGGCGAUAGCCUUGACCGACUUUGAAGCGCUCUGUGGAUUCCGUCCAAUCGACGAAAUAAAAUUACGUCUACAAAAGCUACCGGAGCUACGCAUCGUGAUGGGGAGGACCAAUGUACAUUCACUGUUCGAAGCAGACGAUUCCAUGGUCAGCGACACUUUACGACAAUGUUUCCACAGUCUCAUGACCUGUGAUUCCGACGAGGUGGCACGACAGCUUAAAUGCUUGAUAGACAGAUUGCGUAAUGCAGACCUUGCUACCAGAUCGUGGGCGGAAGUCGACCUGUUGGAACGCCUGUGCACGGAUUUUCCGGGAGAUGCGGGCUGCUUCACGAUAUAUCUAUUCAAUCACAUAAGGUUGAAGCCGGGUGAAGCCAUAUACAUCGGACCAAACGUGCCUCAUGCAUAUCUGUCCGGCGACUGUGUAGAGUGCAUGGCGUGUUCAGACAACGUGAUAAGGGCCGGACUCACGCCAAAGUUAAAAGACGUCCCGACACUGAUUCAGACAAUGUCGUUUGAAUGUGUAUCACCCUCAACUAUUCAACUUCAGCCAUUCCAAGAAAACACGUUCACCACGGUUUUCCGUCCGCCGGUGCCAGAAUUCGCAGUCGCUCAGAUUACCAUUCCACCUGGGCAGGCUUGCAAUUUAGAACCGAGGAGCUCGGCCAGCAUUCUGUUGAUAGCGAGCGGCGAGGCUGAAAUGUCAUCUAAACCCUUUCCCCGUGGCUCUGUCUUGUUUAUUGCUGCUAAUGAAAAAGUAGAGAUCAAGAUGUCAAGCAAACGUGAUACCGGAUGCGAUGCCGAUCCGCUGCUAAUGUUCCAAGCAUUUUCAAAUAUUUGAGCAAACCAAGAAAUUUCUGCAACAUUAACGAGGUGCAAUAUCAACCAACUUCUUAGAUAUUUAAGAACUGAAUUUUAUUAAUAAGCAAAUUUUAAUAAAUGUAUGUACAAGC